AUGCAGAAUCUUUUAUCUGCGCUAGCGCAGUUUAAGAAUGAUUUAGUACCCGCUGCACCGUUCCGAGUAUUACAACGAGACGUGGAAUGCCACGGUCGGAUCGUGAGCUCUGUGGUGAGGCUGUGCGGUGGCGCUGAUGUUGCGCGUGCGCUAGAGAGGCGCUGGCACCUGCUCUACCUUAGGGCUAUCGAGUGGCAGUGCCAUCUGGAGGCUUGUCUCGCCAAGACUGAUCAGAAAUACGAAGCCGUCGAAGCAGCGAGUGACAGCGACGACGAACCAGCUCUGAAGCAACCGCGAUUGAGCAGACGUGGCUCGCCGAAGAGACAACGAACACCAGUCAAUAAUCGCAGACGGGACUACUCAGAGGAUAGCAGGCAGUCUGCCUCAGAGGAGGAGCAAGAAUAUGCAGUUGGGUUGACUUGGCGAAACUUCGGAUCUGACUGUGAGUCUGAAUCAAUGCGUGACAAAAUGGCAGACGAGAGGCGAGUCCCCAGCGUGGACGGAGGCGACCCGAAACCCACUGAUCAGACGGUGCCUGUUACUGACGAAAUUGAUGGAUCGACAAUAGACAUGCCCAGAGAAAUAAAAACCCCUCCAACAGUGAUAAAAAGGAAGAAACCAGUAGAUACGUCCAGGUUCAAUCAAUCCGAUCGGAAAUCCAAGAACUGUGCCACCUUCUACUUCAGACACCACGACACUGAUUCCGAUAGACAAGUUAUAGAGACAGAUGAAAAAUCUCAGGACGAAUCAUCAGAAGAGGAAUGGACGUAUGUUAACGGACCUAAGAUAGCUAACGAGGAUUCUACGGAUAUCAUGACGUCAUCGGUCGAAAUACAAUGCGAGCUGCCCAUAGAAAAGAAAAUCAAACCCAAAUUGGAAUCGAGCACACCAGAUUUAUUGAAGGUCGAUCAAAAUACAAGGUGCAAUAAGGAUAUAGAGAGGCUGGUGAAUCAAGCCGAGGAGUUGGUGCAAAAGCAAGCGCAACAGAUGGCCAAGAAGAAAGGCUCGAGGAAUUUCAAGCCAUUGAUGCUGGAGGAGGAAGGUAAAUCGGUUAGUCGGGCUAAAAUGUCACGCAUCAAGGAGUGGUUGAACCAGAGCACUGAUGGAAAGGAUGAUAGUAAUCAGACUGCAGAGAACUACGACGCAUCAGGCGAAUACACAACAGAGAGUGAAGUAGAUACAUCUUUGACAUCCGAGGAACGAAACCUGCACUCGUCUAUGGACAUGAGCACAUCCACUUGUACAGUGACACCCACGCACCAGGCUAAGGUACAACUUCGCAAAAAGCGGGGCGGCAACAGCGCCCGACCAUGGUCGGUGUCCUGUCUGUCGCAGCUAAGCGGCGCAAACGCAUCGCUAGCCACGCCCACUAACGACGUCAUUUCGCAUAACAUGUCCAUAUCCGAGUCAGCGCUCAACACAUUGGCUUCACCGCAAAGGGUCACUCCAGCUAAUUCCAGCUCUAAGCUCCGCGGGAGUUCCACUACUGUACAGGGUCACAUAUCAAGUACAAACACAAUGACGGAAGCAUGCACAUCUUGCGUGGAAGCGAACGAUAAACAGUGUUGGCUACGUCGGAAGCGGUUAAAACUAAGAAGGAAUAACAAUCCGGUAAGACGGGAAAGGCUGGUCAAAUCGCUAUCGUUCUGCGGAAGAUUGAGUCCAGAGAUUGAGAAGAUUGAGAGGAGUGCCGCUAGCGAUCCAGCUACAAGCAGAAAGAGUAGAUUCGAUACAACAUCUACCUCAGGUAACGAUAGCGAUGAAGAACUGAUCAAACAACAGGUUGCGACUAUAGCCAAUCUUAGAAGGAGUAUAGAAAAGACCCACAUAUCCUCGAAAGACCAAGACAGUGCCAUUCCCGAACAAAAUGAGAACGAACAAGUGACACCUAGCUUUAAAAUCGGUCCAGAGGGAGGUAUGGUUCGACCCAGGCUUACUAGAAGUAUGGAAAGAGAGAGAUCGUUCCUGGCUCUCAGUUUAGGUGACCCUAGCCAAAUGUGGGACCUCUGCGUCGAUAAAGAUUCGGAUAAAAGCGCGACGGCUGGUACGGAGGAACAUAGUUCCUUUUCAGAACAAGCGUGGGAUUUCUAUCAGGAAAAGUACAAUUCAGAACCAUAUUCUGAAGCCCCGGAUUCUGAUGCCGCUCGCCGUCUACUAGAAUUCGGUGACGACUACAGAGCGUUCUUAGACUCGCAAUCAGAUUGUUGUUCAAGUCUCUCAGCACAACCGGAGAAUGAGCAAAGUCCCAGUGGGACGCGAAGGCGACGACCUCCGUCAGAUAUAUCUAGGGAGAGAAGUCUCCCGAGACACAAACGACCCUCCAGAAAUUCCCCAGUAGAAACUCCAGUCAGAAAACCCAAAAAAUCGAUGUCUAGCGCCGAACGCAAGAAGAACCUACUAGACAGCUUAGAACGAUCCAGAAAUAACACUAGUAUUGAAAGUAAUGACGGCACACGCAGGCGCAAACCCUCCGAAAGCGAGCGGAAGAACAACAAACGGUCCCCCGACUUCGACCUGCUGAACGGGCAAUCGCUAAACCGAAGACGUCACAGCUCAAAUCUGACCAGCGACGAGAUUAACAGUUCUCUAGAGUACACGGAAGUCAACAACCGUCCAGAUAUCUUGGACUCGUUGAAUAGAAGACGCAAAGAGAACGGGGAGGCUGAGUUGCAAAAAGUGGCUCUGUCGGAGCUGCGUCGCAGGUCAACUGAGAGCGGUGAUUCAGACGAAUCGUCUUCGCCGAAGCACAGCAGACGGAACUGGGGCGAUUCGGACUCGGAGUCCGAGGAAGUGAGGUCGCUGGUGCGCCGGUCGAGCACCCAGUUGGAGGUUACCGAGGCGAUACUGGCGCGCCAAGACUCCUCGCCGGACCUUCUCCGCGCUUUCGACUACACGGAGGUCGUAACGCGCUGCCGAGAGAACCUCACCCUUUUGGAGGUGGCCUUGGCUGACAGCUCACUGUCGCCUGGUUUGCAACGGGACGUCAGAGCAGUUUUAUCUCGAUUUGAGAACGGCCGUGUCGUAAAAAUGGUGUAUCGAAAAAUCGUGGUAGUGGUAAAAGAGGUACAGGGAAGGCGUAAAUCUGUGUCAGCGAGAUGGUCGGCGCUCCGUGCGGCGGCUAUACGUCGCGGUGGCGCGCGACGUCUUCGCCGCGAAAUAGCGGCUCUACGGGAAACUCUUGAUGACGUCUGCGAGCCUGGUGACCAUGCGCCUCAGCCGCACACCAGAGCCCAGCUGCACAGACGCAUCGAAGAACUGAAGGAGCGUCUUUCUCGUCUGCUAGAAUGCAAAGUUUCUAUGCUCAAACUGACGGUCUCCGUCCGCCGCACCCUGGGAGAAUUGGAGACGGACGAGAGUGGUCUGACCACGGACCUGACAGCUCUUUUAGCCGCUUGGGACGACGCACACCAACGCACAUCAAAUGAACUCCUGUCCCUCGAGAGGGCGGUGAGCGCGUGGGCAGAAUGGGAGAACGCAUUACGCGAGCUGCAGGGAGCACUGCGAGGCGAUUUGGCCACACUGCAAGCGUUACGCGAUAAAGGAUCCAAAUUAGACGAUCAAAGCGAAGUCGCGGCUCAAAUUAAACAGCUGGCUGCUUCGUUGAUUGAUAAGAAAAAGGGAGGUUCCACGUGUGAUUCGCUCUCGGAUUCCGGAAUAUCGGACGGUGACAGUGAGAACGCUGGCGGUCGCGCGCGCAGGCUAAGCGCACUACGAGAACUGGCCAAGCGUUUACAAGAAGCUCUUGCUCCAAAUUCGCCUGCACAUAGAGCUAUUACUAAGCGUAUGGAGCAAACAGAAAACGAAGUUAAAAUUUUGCAGGAAUCCUGUCGCGCUUUAGUAGAGCAAAGCAUUCCUGACCUCAAAAUUGAGGAGGACGGGGAACAAGUCGUAGUAGUCGCAAGUAAGACGGGAUCCGGCGACCCCGACUAUAUCCCACGCAGCGGUUGGGUCUGGCGCGUUCUUCGCUCCUCAAUCCCCAUACAACUUUGCCUCGUGGCGUUGCUUCUAGCUGCUUGGCUAGUCGAACGGCCGAGGUGCUGUGAUGCACUGAACUCCUUGGCUCAAACUCUAACGCCGCAGUUACGUUACGUUCGCGGACCGCCUCCAGUCUGA